UCCUGGCGCCGGGUGGCGCCAGAGGAGGGACGGCGGGCAGGCAGGGGAGGAGGCGACCCGCAGGGCACCGCGCACACCGCACAGCCGCCGCUCUGCUGUCUGCGUGGCGAUGGGCGCGGUCCGCGUCCCUCCCGCCGCCGUCCAGCCCCGAGAACCCACCAGAGACCUGGAGACCACGCGCGUCCCACCCACAGCAGCGGGCUCGGCGCUUCUCAGCGGCCGGGGACCCCGCGAGAUCCCCUCUUCACCCUGGAUCUGGAGUCUGGAGGCGGCUCUGAGAUGGGGCCUCUGAAGGGAAGACUUGAGUCGAGUCUGCGUCCUUGCCCGGGAGUAGCCAAGACUGCGUAGGCGCCCAUCGAGGGAGCAUGUGGUGCCAUGGAUCCGGAAAUCAACUGCUCUGAAUUUUGUGACAGUUUUCCUGGCCAGGAGCUGGAUCGGAGACCCCUUCAUGAUCUCUGCAAGACAACCAUCACUGAUUCGCAGCCCAGCAGCGCAGACGUCUCUCCCCUGUCUCGCCUCUUGGGUAUUGUUUGGACUUUCCUCAGCUGUGGACUACUUCUGGUGCUCUUCUUUCUCGCUUUCACAAUUCGCUGCAGGAAGAACAGGAUUGUGAAGAUGUCCAGCCCCAAUCUGAACAUGGUGACCUUACUGGGCAGUUGUCUGACUUACAGUAGUGCUUACCUUUUUGGGAUUCAAGAUGCUUUUGUGGGGAAUUCAAUGGAAGCACUCAUUCAGACGAGACUGUCCAUGCUGUGCAUUGGGACGUCCCUUGUGUUUGGGCCCAUUCUGGGGAAGAGCUGGCGACUCUACAAGGUGUUUACCCAGAGGGUCCCGGACAAGAGAGUGAUCAUCAAAGACCUGCAGUUGCUGGGCUUGGUAGCAGCCCUGGUGGUGGCUGAUGCAAUCCUGCUUGUGACCUGGGUGCUGACUGAUCCCAUCCGGUGCCUGCAGAUCCUUGGUGUGAGCAUGAAGGUGACCGGGAGAGACGUGUCCUGCUCUCUGACCAACACACACGUCUGUGCUUCGCGGUACUCCGAUGUCUGGAUUGCUCUGGUUUUGGGAUGCAAGGGGCUGCUGCUGCUGUAUGGCGCUUACCUGGCUGGCCUGACCAACCAUGUCAGCUCUCCUCCAGUGAACCAGUCCUUGACCAUCAUGGUCGGAGUCAACCUCCUGUUACUCACCGCCGGGCUAAUUUUCGUGCUCACCAGAUACUUGCACUCCUGGCCCAAUCUAGUCUUUGGAUUCACAUCUGGAGGGAUCUUCGUUUGCACAACCACCGUGAACUGCUGUGUGUUCCUCCCCCAGCUGAAGCAAUGGAAGGCAUUUGAAGGAGAAAACCAAACAAUCAGACUAAUGGCCAAGUAUUUCAGCACCCCUAGCAAAAGCUUCCACAGCCAGGUUGAUGAGGACCAGAACUGCCACUUGAGGGACGAGAAGAGCUGCAUGGAGAGGCUCCUCACAGAAAAAAACGCAGUGAUUGAAAGCCUGCAAGAACAAGUCAACAACGCCAAGGAGAAGCUAGUGAAGCUGAUGUCUUCCGAGUGCACCUUUGACUCCUCAGAGUGGGCUGCCCCAGCUGCAGCCUCUGCCCAGGGGCCGGCAGAUCAGGGACCUUCAGAACCCCCUGCUGCCUCUGAGAAUGCUAUUAGCGAAGCAGCCGCUGAGGACUCCCUACCCGCCUCAGUGGCCUCCCAGCACAAGCAGAGCCCUGGGGCAUCUAGAAGGGACACCGGUCCCUCCCCAGACCAAAAGGACAACGUGACCUUGAAAGAGUUUUGUGAUCAUGCGGACAUGGGUUGCAGCCGGAAGCCACAGGCUGAACAAUGCGAGGAUCCAGAAAGAGGAGACCAGGGACCCAUGGCCCCCAGGCAGAGUCUCGUGGCAGAUGGAGUGGGCUGUGAAUCCCAUAGGCCCAAGCAGAGGAACUCAGAGGAACUCCCAGAGAGGCUACCUCGGGUCAGUUCAGUGGUCAGGGAGAAGCUUCAGGGUCUCCAAGAGCUGGACCUGGGCACCGAGGCUCCCCUUACGCCACUACCUUGUUCCCAGCAGCUUUGGAAGAGCACCGUUUCCCGCAGCCCCCGGAAGCUGUCCCCAUCUAAACUGGGUUUCAGCCCAUACGUGGUGAGGAGGCGACGGGCCGCCCAGCGGGCUCGCUCCCACUUCCCUGGCUCUGUGGCCCUCAACACGGGGCAUCAGGCAACUAGGACGGCUGUCUCUGAUGCACAGAGAGGGAUGGUUGUGCAGAGCCAGGACAGCCCCACGCUGGACCACCAACAUGCAAGGUCCAAGAUACCAAGGUCCUCUUCUGUAAAACCGUCACCGCUUUCAGAUCCUCAUCGGAGACGGAGUGCCCUGGCGGGUAGCAAACGAUGCCUGUCCGAGCCUCAGGGGGCCGGAGAAUGCGAUGUAAGCGUUCCUGGCCAAGCUUCUGCUUCUGCUCCGGCACAAAGUCUCACUGCUGCCCCAUGCCUACCCUCUUCACCAGGUCUGCCCAGGCAGCGUCAGGCUCGACCCCUAGUGUCCCCUGCUUGUCCUUCCUCGUCUUCUGGCUGCUACAACCUUGACAGUGAGUCCAGCAGCUCCGAUGAGUUUUUCUGCCGCUGCCACCGGCCCUACUGUGAAAUCUGCUUCCAGAGCUCUUUGGACUCCAGUGACAGCGAUACAUCAGACAGCGACCUUGAACAAGCUCGGGGACUAGCCUCCUGGGAAAAGUCGUGGGCCCGCUCCAAGCCUGUCGUGAACUUCAAAGAUGACUUGAAGCCCACACUAGUGUGAGAAGCAGCGAGGUGGGACUGGCCACAGAGCUCAGUCUGGGUCCCACAGAAACAGGGGUCAUGGGAAGAGAGCCAGAGCUCGGUCUUUGAGGACCAGAUCAGCACCACGCCUCGACCAGCCUUGACUGUGUUUCUGCUGUUUCAUUCUUACUUUGAGGACUUCUUGGUCUAUGAACGGAAGGGCUUGUCCAUCCGGCUACUACCUCAGCAUUACUGUGAGGAGCUCUGGUGAGGGACUGAGGUGCUAACUGAGCAGACAGAGUUGUCCAUUCAGCUCUGCCUGUAUUCUAUGAAACUCUGAAUGUAUACCAAGUGGCUAGCUAGCUAGAUGGACAGAAAGAUGGGGAGAUGGCUGGGAGAAUUCUGCAGAACCGCUGUGACCCACCAAACUAGCCUUUCAGUGAACAGACCUGCCAGGUAGAUAAGUCUACACCUUUAUCCCUCCAACUCAUAAGAAGGUGACUUGCUUUCUGUUGAAGGCGGUCAACGUCACUCUUCCGGGGUCCCAGCUUCCGGUUCAAGUCAGUCCAGCGCUUCCUACUCCAUUUCUUCUUGUCCACCCGCCAUCAUGGUACCCACUCACUGUGAUCCCCAACACAGUUUCCUAACAUGUGCACACAGGCUUCUCGGGUUGUUUUCCUGGGCUCAGUAGUCCCUGGACCCUGUCCCCUGCUCUCUGCCAGUACUACAGUGUUCUACUUGAGCACAUUGCAGUCUGGCUUGGGAGACUUACUGGUCAAGAAGUACUUUUUUUUUUUUUUUU